AAAAUGAUCCUCACAAUAUGCGCCGCCUGCGCCGCCCCACUGGCCCACGACGCGCCGCGAUGCAUUAGAUGUAAAAUGAGGUAUUGUGACCAGACCUGCCAGCAUGACCACUGGCGCCGCGGCCACAAGCAGAUGUGUAAGAAAAUACACCGCGGCGGCAACGCAGAACAGUAUAAUGCAGACAAAAAAUACAAGGAGGCCGUCGCGGAGGCCGUCGAGGCGUGCGCCGAGGACACGAAGGGCCAGACGUGCUACAUCUGCACGCAGGCCCUCCACUGGAAGACGAAGGAGGGCCUCGUGCGCGGGUGUGCGUGCCGCGGGACGGCGGGAUUCGCGCACGUGUCGUGCUUGGCGGAGCAGGCGAAGAUUUUGGUCGCGGAGGCCGAGGAGAACAAUUUAGCAGCCAACAACUACGCGGUGUCCCUUCGUGAUCUAGAGCGCUUCGAAGACGCUAAGGCGCUGCUGCGCAAACCGAUGCCUGUGGCACGACGCGUUCUCGGAGAGAAUCAUCAUCUCACGCUCAGAAUGCGGUUGAAUUACGCGGAGGCGCUAUACAAGGACCCCGGCGCCACGCUCGACGAUCUCCGCGAGGCCAAGACGAGGCUCGAAGAGUUGGCACCGUACGCGCGGCGCGUGCUCGGCGGCGCGCACCCGAUCACAACGGGGAUUGAGCGAUCCCUGAGUUUGUUGCAAGCAACUUUCCGCGUCUGCGAAACGCCGCCGCCGCCGGGGAGUGCAUAA